CCCCCCGUCAUAUUGCUUCCCUGACGGACUUUUUUUUUUUUUUUUUUUUUGCACGGGAACCUCUUUUAAUGUGCGACUUUACGCGACUGCCAUCCUACUUACACCCACGACCAUACGAUACGAAUUAAUAUCUUCACCAUGACGACCAUGGCCCAGUCGCAGAUUCAGCUGCCCACGCCGCAUCCGGCACCAAGUUUGGACGUCACCAUCCCACCGUCCUCGAUAUCUCUGCCCACCGAUCCCAAUUCUCGACUCCGAAGCCGCUUAGCUCUGGACACUUAUUCGUCACCUGUCAAUCAAAAUGGUAGUUUCGAGUUCGACCGCGUCGUGAAGAGCGGCUACCUGCAGAAGCGCACGCAGAAGACAAAGACGUGGAAGUCAAUUUACUUCGUUCUCCGACCCAAUUCACUCUCAAUCUACCGAUCCGACAAGGAGGACAAGCUACGACACAAGCUGUACCUCGCCGACUUGACCGCCGUUGCUUUGCUCAAGGACCCCAAGAACAAGAGGAAGAACGUAUUUGGACUCUUCUCGCCAGCGAGGAACUACCACUUUCAGGCUAGCAGUAGCCACGAUGCGGAGGAAUGGGUAGAUUUGAUUAGGAGUCAUGCCCGGAUUGAGGAGGAACAUGAUGAGCUGCUCCUCGCAAGCCCAAAUGGCAAGCGACAAUCCUACGUGGUGGUUGGCAGAUCCGCCCAGGCCGGAGGAGAGAUGGCUCGAGCCGAGAGACUAGGAUCAAGUUCUCCCGAGCCGUUGGAGCCUCCAGUGCCACGCUUUGUCGGUUCAACCCAUCGACGUCCAUCGCAGAUGGCGGAUACCGCUGGGUACUCUGGCAACGAACUGGCCUCGCAUUCGGACUUCUCGGACAACGAGAUCCAGCGGAUACAGGGCAUGUCUAUCGAGGACUUGGCGGUCCAGUCGCCAGGCAAAGGCUCCCAGGACCGGCCAGGUCUCGACCGUAAUGCGAGCCAGCUCAGCGGUCUCAACAUUGAGCAAGACCCUGAUCGCGUUAUCUGGCAGGGCUGGCUUUGGUUCCUCCGCAGCAAGGGUGGCGUGAAGCAGUGGAAGAACCUCUGGGGUGUGCUCCGGCCACGAAACUUCAUCCUCUACAAGGACGAGUCUGAAUACACGGCGCAGUUUAUUCGACCAAUGUCAGCAAUAGUCAAUGUUGUUGACAUCGACCCGGUCAGCAAGACCAAGAAACACUGUCUACAGCUCAUUACAGAGGAAAAGAGCUACCGAUUCUGCGCCCACGACGAAGAAUCUCUGAUUCAUUGCCUGGGCGCAUUCAAAAGCUUGUUCGCCAAGAGGCGAGAGCUCGAAACGCGGGGUCCUACAGGAGGAAACCAGCCCACUACGAAUGCGGCAUGAAGCUGCAAGUCAUUACUAGGCAACCUACAGGAUUUUCUUUUUUAGCGGGAGUUUUGCCACAGCCUUUUUUUCUUUUGUUUACGAAGCAUGACGCAACGAUAUAUACUUGGGACUCUACAGAGUCGAGAAGGCGGGGGAAAACGCUUGCCAGCAGCUUUUCGACUUAGCUGCAGCUACGGUCAAGAGUCAAAAGGACAGUGACUCGAACACUGGUGGCAUUCCUUGGGAGAAGGAGAUGGAGAAUACCAGGCUACUCGGGGGGAGAAAGAAGCCUACCAGCCAACCGCUUUGUGUUAGUAUACCCUACCUUAGUGUGACACUAUGGGCAGACUAUGACUGCCGACCGUCUCAAUAUGAAGAGGCGGGUUACGUGUAACGAUGAUAAAUGAAUCAGUAUUCUACUGCAUUUCUUGGCUUGUCGUUGUAGCUCAGUGAUGGGAGGGUUUUUGUCCUUUGACCAGCCAAAUGUUGCUCAG